AUGAAAGGCCUAGAUGGUAACAAAGGGCUUGUAUAUGUUGGCACUGGGUAUGUUUUCAAUAGGCAAACAUUAUAUGGUUAUGAUCCACCUGUGUCUGAGAAGUGGCCUAGGAAAAAGUCAAAGGCUAAGAAAAGGAUUCAAGGCUAUGUUUGGCCUUAUGGUGGUCUCACUGAGGGAACUAACCCCGGUUCUCUUAUAAAAGAAGUCAUUUAUGUUAUUAGUUGUAGAUAUGAAGAGAAAACUAAAUGGGACAAAGAGAUUGGAUGGAUUUACGGUUCAGUUACAGAAGAUAUUUUGACAGGUUCAAGAUGCAUUGUAGAGGAUGGAGAAUGGUAUAGCAUUGAUGACUGGUGGCGCAAUGAGCAAUUCUGGGUCAUUGGUGGUGUCUCAGCAAAUCAUUUUGCAGUCUUCCGAGGUCUUUUCAAGGUCCUUGUUGGUGUUGACACAAACUUCACUGUAACGACAAAAGUUGCUGAUGAUGCAGAGUUUGGAAAGCUCUACCUCUUCAAAUGGACGACCCUUCUCAUUCCACCAAUCACUCUGAUAAUCCAAAUAUGGUAG